UCCACCUGCCGGUUGUAAAUAACGAUCAGUCACAGAAGUUGAAGACACUUGAACACAACAUUCUGUGUUUUAUUGCAGUCCAGUUCGGAGCCUGUUCGACAGAACUGCAGCUUUAUAUCCUGGAGCUUCUGUCUCCGCGUAUCGGGUAACAACGAGCCUAAUUUGGACCGAACCGGCGGCUCCACGUUAGAAGCGUCGAGGACGGACCGAGACGAGACAUGAGUGUAACAACCGACAGAGCGUCGGUGCUGCGGGAGGAGGAGGCGGACGGAGCGCUGGGGAACUACGACGACGACGACGGAGACGGCGUGGAGGCCGACGGAGAGGUCGAACAGGAAGCCAUUGUAACGUGUUCUCAACUUUGUUUCCCGGUAAUAUUCUACAGCAGCGGAGUGAUGUGUAGAUGGGUUUCACUGACUCUCUGAGUGGAGAGGUCAAACCUCGGAUCCUGUUGAUGGGCCUGCGCCGCAGUGGGAAGUCCUCCAUCCAGAAGGUGGUUUUUCAUAAAAUGUCCCCCAAUGAAACCCUGUUUCUGGAGAGCACCAACAAGAUCUGCAGGGAGGAGGUCUCCAGCAGUUCCUUCGUCAGCUUCCAGAUCUGGGACUUCCCAGGACAGAUUGACUUCUUUGAUCCCACAUUCGACUACGAAAUGAUUUUCAGAGGCACUGGAGCGCUUAUAUUUGUCAUUGACUCACAGGACGACUACGUGGAAGCUCUGAGCAGGCUGCACCUCACGGUGACCAGGGCCUACAAAGUGAACCCACAUAUCAACUUCGAGGUGUUCAUUCACAAAGUGGAUGGUCUGUCCGACGACCACAAAAUCGAGAAGCAGAGGGACAUUCACAAACGAGCUAACGACGAUCUGACAGACGCCGGCCUCGAACACAUCCACCUUAGCUUCUAUCUGACCAGCAUAUAUGACCACUCUAUAUUUGAGGCAUUCAGUAAAGUGGUCCAGAAGCUCAUCCCACAGCUGCCAACUCUAGAAAACCUGCUCAACAUCUUCAUAUCUAACUCGGGCAUUGAGAAGGCCUUCCUGUUCGACGUGGUCAGCAAGAUUUACAUCGCAACAGACAGCAGCCCGGUGGACGUGCAGACGUACGAGCUGUGCUGUGACAUGAUCGAUGUGGUCAUUGACAUCUCCUGCAUUUACAGUCUGGCCGACAGUGAGGCUGGUUUACCCUACGACAAGGAGUCUAUGGCCAUCAUCCACCUGAACAACACCACCGUCAUGUACUUGAAGGAGGUCACCAAGUUCCUCGCCAUGGUCUGCUUCCUACGCAGGGAGAGCUUCGAGAGGAAAGGACUGAUUGACUACAACUUCCACUGCUUGAAGAAGGCCAUCCAGGAGGUUUUUGACGUUCGAGUAAAGGUUCAGCAGAAUCGGAAACUCCUCAGUCAGAGGAGGUGGAGCAGCCUGACUAAGACUAAUGCAGUGUUAAGCAGCCCCCACUCAUGACUGGAGAUAUCGAGUGUACUUCAGCUUCACUGUGAACAAAGCAGAGCUCCGUCCUCGUCCAGAGCGCUCAUUCUUUUAAUCCCCCUAUCGCACACGGACAACACAUUACUCAUACCAGACCACGAAAGGGUCACUGAAGCAAACCUGGGAGCCUUGAGAGUCAUCAUGUCCCGUUAUAACUUCACCACAUAUUAACAGCAGGGGAUUUGUGCGAGUUGAACAGCUGUUUGGAGAGAUUACCCUUGACUAAGUGCACUAGAGGAAAAAAUAGACUGAGGGUAUAAAAAGCUGUGUGGGGUCUGCAGAGAGCAUGUGUCACCGAGUGUGGCUGCUUCACAAGGCAGCAACAACCACCAUGUGAGUACGAUGUCGCCAUGUAAAGUUCUGUAUAUGACUCUGCUCAUGUGAUGCUCUGGAACGAAUCGGAGGCGGCGGAGCCAGCAACCGUUCUGACUGAGCAGCGCCGAACAUUUGACUGAUGUUGAGACAGGAAAGCAGAGAUCAGUAAAAUCGAAUGGGUUAUCAUCAAAGCAAACAUUAAAAGCAAUGAGAUGCUGUGAGAUUGUAAGAACUCAAA